GCAGCCGGACAGGCCGGGACCGGCCGCCUUGGACCCUUCGCUGCCCCGUCGGCCGCCUCCCUCCUCCUGCCCGCCGCCGGGCCUCGCCCGACGGGCGACCGUUUGGCCUCCCCGGGACGUUGGCCGGGACUCCUGUUUUCCCCGUCCAAAAGAUCGCACCAUGCCUUCCGAGCUGUCAAAGGCUGAGGAGAAGCCCGGGGUCUGCCCCCAUCGCCCGGGCAACCCUGCGGAGAACGGGAAGUCGGACACGGCCCGCUGCACGGGCCUCAGCGAGAAGGAGCGGAAGUGGAUCCGGCCCGACAUGCCAAGCAAGUGUACCUGGCAGCUGGGCAAGCCCACGUCCGAAUCUCCCCACUACCAUGUCUCCUUAGCUCAGACCCCCCAAAUCAUGCCGGAUAUCCUGAAGAAAAUUGGGAACACGCCUCUGGUUCGGAUCAACAAGAUCGGGAAGGCCUAUGGGCUGAAGUGUGAACUCUUGGCCAAGUGCGAGUUCUUCAAUGCGGGCGGGAGCGUGAAAGACCGGAUUGGCCUCAGGAUGCUGGAAGAUGCUGAGAGAGCGGGGAUUCUGAAACCUGGAGACACGAUCAUCGAGCCGACGUCGGGGAACACUGGAAUUGGGCUGGCUCUUGCUGCUGCCGUCAAAGGGUAUCGCUGCAUCAUUGUGAUGCCUGAGAAAAUGAGCAUGGAGAAGGUGGACGUCCUGAGGGCUCUGGGGGCAGAGAUCGUGAGAACACCCACCACCGCCAGCUUUGACUCCCCCGAGUCCCAUGUAGGGGUGGCAUGGAGGCUGAAACAUGAAAUUCCCAAUUCUCACAUCCUGGAUCAGUACCGGAAUGCCAGCAACCCUCUGGCUCACUACGACACCACGGCUGAGGAGAUCCUGCAACAGUGUGAUGGGAAAUUAGACAUGCUGGUAGCCUCAGCUGGCACUGGAGGUACCAUUACAGGCAUUGGCAGGAAACUCAAGGAGAAGUGCCCAGGAUGCAAAAUCAUAGGGGUUGAUCCAGAAGGUUCGCUCCUUGCUGAGCCAGAAGACCUGAACAAGACUGACAAGACCAUCUACGAGGUUGAGGGGAUCGGCUAUGAUUUCAUUCCCACCGUCCUCGAUAGAGCGAUGGUGGAUAAAUGGUACAAGUGCAACGACGAGGAAUCUUUUGCCUUUGCCCGUAUGCUGAUCAGCCAAGAAGGACUACUGUGUGGGGGAAGCUCGGGCAGCACCAUGUCCGUUGCGGUGAAAGCUGCCCAGGAGCUGAAAGAGGGUCAGCGCUGCGUCGUCAUCUUGCCGGAUUCUGUCAGGAACUACAUGUCCAAGUUUUUGAGUGACAAAUGGAUGCUCCAGAAGGGAUUUCUGAAGGAAGAAGAUAUCAUGAUUAAUAAGCCUUGGUGGUGGCAUGUGAAGGUUCAAGAACUAAGCCUCUCCGCUCCUCUGACGGUCCUGCCAGCCGUCACCUGUGAACGCACAAUCGAGAUCCUCCGCGAAAAGGGCUUCGACCAGGUCCCGGUAGUGGAUGAGUCUGGGGUGAUACUGGGCAUGGUCACUCUGGCCAACAUGCUUUCCUCCUUACUCGCUGGAAAGGUUCGGCCUUCAGACCAAGUCAGGAAAGUCAUCUACAAGCAGUUUCAAAAGACACCAAGCGAUAUUUCAAGUGACGCUCUUAUUCCGAUUCGGCUGACGGACACCCUAGGCAAGCUCUCUCACAUCCUGGAGAUCGAUCACUUUGCCCUUGUGGUGCACGAGCAGAUCCAGUCACAGGACCAGGCCUUGCCAGCAAUGGUGGGGGGGACUACAGACCACAGCAACAAAGGGUCCAGCAAGAGGCAGAUGGUAUUUGGCGUCGUCACAGCCAUUGAUCUGCUCAACUUCGUGGCUGCCCGAGAACGAGACCACAAGAAGGACUAGGUCCAGAAGCCCCCUGGAAAAAGAAAUAGCUUAAACCUUUCCCCCAAAUCCCCAUGUCUUCUUCCCUUUGUUCUCCCCUCUUCUUAGCAGAACAUCAGUUCAAGGUUGGGAGGGGAGGUGAUUCUUGAACGUUAAACUAACUCACAACUGACUUUUAACUCCCCAAGACACAAAAGAUGCCAACAGUUCGUAAGGUACAGCUGGCAGAGGUCUUAAAUGAAAGUACCCGACAGGUUCCAGUGACUGUGUCCUCUCCACAGAGAUAUGUUCGGCUUCUGCUUUUUCUAAAAGUUUGGUAGUUGUGAACCAACUUAUAUUUUCUUCUUUAUAUUAAAAAAAAACUUUAUAUGAAAAGAGUCAUGAGCAAAAUGGUGGAAGUGUGGCAGAGGACUAGAGGCAAAAUGUCUGUUGGCCUUGAAGCCCCCAGAGCCAACCCCAUUCCCUAUCUAGUGCUCAAAGACCAACCCACGCCAAAGCUUGGGCAGGGGAGGGGCGGGGUUCCAUCAAACUGUUCUCAGACUAUCAUCAAAACUCAUUUUAAUUUAUACCGACAGCUUAAACCGGCUUUCCAGGAACCCAGCCAAAGGUCAUCCAACUGCUUCAAAGUGGAGGCCUUCCUAAGCCCUCAGGACCCUGUCCUCAGUGGAUCAGAGCAGGGAAAUGAGACGAUAUCUUAGUGUGCUGACUGUUCCACUAACACUCUUCUGAGCCAAAGCUACACCCAAAGCUCAACUGUUGUUAACUGAGGGCCAGCUAGCAGGGUUACAAUUGACCGGGGGCCGGGCGGGGAAGACACGACAAAUCAUUUGGACUCUCAAUCUGGGUCCAAAAUGUGCUUUUGCCUCCAAGUAGAUUCCAGUCCAUUCUCUUGGACCUUCUCGAGACAAAUCUGCAUUAUCUAAAUCCAUCCAUGUGGUUCAAAGUUGAGCCACUUCUCUGUAGGUGAAAUAUCUCAUAUGCAUUGGAUAGCAAAUACUUUAAUCUUUUUUAAGUAGCUCAGAAAUGCUUGAUUGUAAUGACAGCCACAGUACUGUGAUUUACUACUGAAUGUUCAAAUAUAGUCUUAAAAUCCCAGAAGCCCAAAUUCAGACACCAUUAUCUGUCACUUUCACUGAAAAGCUGAGUCUCAGGCGAUGUGGGUCACUGGAUCAAGUAACUGGGUAACUGAUGGCUCCUUACCCGUCACCCCGUCUGCUUCAAAAUGGGCUGUGACCUCAGGAGACUCACGUCACAUCACUUACUCUUAUGAUACUUUCAGUCAACCUGUAUUUUCUUGGCAAGAGUCUCACUCCCAGUUGAUCGCUUUGCAUAAUACAGUGUCCUACCAUAUUUAUUGCUUUAUGGGAAUACUUCAAUAAAAAUGGAUGCCUCUGAGUCAA